ACUUGAAUGAGAGAACAGAUGGGAACCAGAACCUGGUGAGGGGCAAGUAGCAGGCCUAGAGCGGUAUACAGCAGGGGUAAAGUGUAGGUUCUGUACCCUGAGUGGGGCGGAUACCAGUGGAACUUCUCGGACUCCAGAGGUGUACGGGACUCAUCACGUGACUCCCGAGACUCUGAGAAGAGGCAACAUGUGCAUGUGACGGAGCGCUGCAGCCAGCUCCUGUGUCUGAGGCUUUCCCUACACAAGUUGCCUUCACCUCUGCACUAUGUUCUCCAGCCUAUACGUGCUGUAUGUGGCGGCGCUGGCGCUGCGGCUGAGCCGGCUGGCGGCGGCGGUGGGACCGGUAGUCCAAUGCGAACCGUGUGAUUCGAAAGCCCUGGAGCAGUGCAAGCCCCUGAGUCCUGACUGUGCCGAGCCCGUCCAAGAGCCGCUGUGCGGCUGCUGCUGGACCUGUGCCCUGGGCGAGGGCAGCCAGUGCGGGGUGUACAGCCAGAAGUGCGGCUCGGGGCUCCACUGUAGACCCGGACCUGAAGAGCCCAAACCGCUGCACGCGCUGCUCAUGGGGCGGGGAGUGUGCGUCAAUGUCACGGCCGGGAGGGACCGGAGCCGCGCGCUGCAAGGGAAUUUCAGCAAAUCUGAUGAAGACAUGCUGCCUGACAGUGACACUCCACCACCGUCUAACGCACAGAGAAUGUCUUAUAGUAAUUCUCAGCCCAAAAUAGAAAUCAUUAGGAAGGAACAAGCCAAAAAUACUCAGCGAUACAAAGUGGACUAUGAUCCACAAAGCACAGACACCUUAAACUACUUUACAGAAUCCAAGCAGGAUAUGGAAUAUGGUCCAUGUCGAAGAGAAAUGGAAAGCAUAUUAAAUCACUUAAAGAUCUUGAACAUCUUGAGCCCUAGAGGAUUUCAUAUUCCGAACUGCGAUAAGAAAGGAUUUUACAAGAAAAAACAAUGCCGUCCAUCAAAAGGCAGAAAAAGAGGAAAUUGCUGGUGUGUGGAUAAAUAUGGCCAGCCUCUUCCAGGAUAUGAUGUGAACAAUAAAGGAGAUGCCAACUGCUAUAACUUGGAAAGCAAAUGAGUUCAUUAACUGACAACUGUUGGUUACGAAAAUGAUUAAAGUUAUUGGAAGGAAUAGAAGAAAAGGGCAAAAAAUACUUGACCUGAAGCUACAAAUUAAUAUUUACAUGAAGGUUGACUAUUGUAUUAUAUUGUGGACAUCACAGCUGAAACCUGCCACUGAUAACUUGUAGCUUCAGCGCUGAAUUUCCAUGUUAUUCUGCACUAUUGACCCUAAAAAGUGACCUAGUGGGGGUAAAAAAAAAGCACUUCACAAUGGAUUCAGGGAAAAGAUGCGCAAGACACCAGUGACCAAUUCAGUUGCAACAUACUGGUUCUUACAACAGAUGAAGCGAUCUUUUUACGUCUGCUGGAUUAAUUAUUUUUUUUUUUUUUUUUUUUUUUCCCUUUCAGCAGAUCUUUUGGUCUCUUGGGAAAUUUAUCUGCACGGGUACCUUUAUGAGGACUUGCUAUUUUCUGUAUAAGUAUAAUAUUGUUAGUCUGUAUUUAAUAUAUUUUUAUAUAAACUUUAUUUAAACAUAAAUUAUACUUUAUUGACCCUUAAAGCCUUUUAUUUUAUGGUCAUGGUGGGGCUUACUAUAAACAAUUGUUAGCUGAAAAAAUAUACAAAUGGCGCUCAGUGUGUGGUAUUAUGAUGUUUCUAUGGGAUACCUCCAAAAUGUGGCAUAUGAUGGAGUAUAUACGUAUGGGAUCUGUGUCAAAGACUCCUGUGUGCCUCAGAUUAUGAUCAAAAUAAGUACACUGAGAAACUCGCCAGCUCCUCAACUGAUACAUUCCUCUGGUGCAUGAAUAUUCAGAGCCGGCUGCCUGGUACAGGUACGGUACAUCCACUUGCAGAAAUCUGAUCCAGCCUGUGGUGUAAAAAAUGAAUUCAGAUGAUACAAAAACAAUAUCUUCUGU